UAUAUCCAAUCUAAUCAGCAGGCUCCAUCACUUUCUCACCUUCAGGACUCCUUCAGCAAUGGAACUGCAGCUCACACUGAUUCUCAGCUGCCUGCUUUUCUCCUCAGUGCUGGGACUUCGGUGUUAUCAGUGUAUACCUGAUUCAUCAGGAUCAUGUGUAAGCACCGUGACACAAUGUCCACAUCGCUGUGGCAGCAUAACCACCACCAACACCGCCACCACCAACCAAGAUGGGCUGCUUACGAGCGUCAGUGUGAAGUCCUGCUUGGACGCUUCUCAGUGCAUCAACGGGAGUAUACGCAUUCUGGAUCAGCUGACAGUGAACGUCAACACCAAGUGCUGCUCCACUGACCUCUGCAACACGGAAACACUGCCAGCUCAAACCAAUCAGAUUUCUAACGGACGGAGGUGUUACACGUGUGCUGGAGAGAACUGCACCGUGGAUUGUCAGGGAGGUCACUGCAACAAGACCAUAGGAACCGUGGACUGUGUAGGAGAUGAAGAUCGCUGCAUCAGUAUAACAGUUAGUGUAUUUGGAGUUACAACCUCUGUGGAAGGAUGUGCAUCCAAAAGUGUGUGUGACUUGGCUGCAGUCCAGGAAAUGAUGGGCUUCGGUUCCUCUGUGACGUGUUGUGACGGGAAUCUGUGUAACACUGCUCCGAUCUUCACACUGAGUUCCUUCCUCCUGCUCGUCCCUCUGCUCUCCUCCAUCCUCUUCACCUGAGACUUUUCUUUGUAUCUUAGAGUUAAUGAUAAUUCUGUGGGUCUAUGAUGAGCCAUUUUGGGGAUCUAACAGUAAAAUGAACCUCUGUGUUGAUUGUAUUGAUGAUUGUAUUCUCAGGGAGUAACGUGAAUGUGGAUGUGACGUCAUAUGUGUCUUUGUUUCCCAGGAAGCUCCCUGAACAUUUGGACAAGGAAAAAAUAAUUACAAUAAUCAACAGGUGAAAUAAUGGAAGUCUAUUAAAUUAUUAAUGGUUGACAAGAAGCAAUAUAAAUAAUAUAUCUGGGCAGCAGGAAUGUAAACAAGUAACAAUACAUUACUUAUACAUCUUCCUUUCACAUACAAAUACAGGAAGCACAUUAUUUUAUUCACGCCUGAGUUCCUGUGGGCUGAAAAUAAAAGGUUAUUAAAGGUUAGUGUGUGACAGUAUUUGUGUGUCUCGGGCCUCACUCCACAUCUCAGGCCUGACGUAUCAGCUCUUCGCCUUUAGGUUUGACUUUGAGGUAUUUCCUGGCAGCCGGAUUCAAAUAAAUUCUACCUAAUUUACCAGUU